AUGGCCGCGAGCGCGGGGCCGCUCGAGUGGCAUGGCGCGCUGCAAGUACAGAUCUUUGACCCCCGGACCGAGACGCCUGGUGCGCCGAGCGAAAGCGGGAGCCAGGCGGGGCGCUCCGAGACCUUUGUGUCGUACGGCGUGCGCGCCGAGUCGAGUCUCCCGCACUUUGCCCGGGGCUACAUGGUGACGCGCAAGCGUUUCCAGGACUUUGCGUUCCUGCACGACGCGCUCGCGAAAGAGUUUCCCGCGUGCAUCAUCCCACCCCUGCCCGAGAAGCGGCGCAUUGGCUACGUGAUCGGCGACCGCUUCUCGGAGGCGUUUAUCCAGCGGCGGGCGGGCGAGCUCCAGCUCUUUCUCGAGCGCAUCUGCCGGCAUCCUACGCUGCAGCGCGCGACGAUCCUGCAGCAGUUUCUCGAGUCGAACGAAUGGCACAUCGACAUGCAUACCCACAGCGGCCGCCCGGUCGCGAGCGAAGACGGUGUGCACCAGGCGGCGCAGCACAGCCUCGUGGAGCAGAUGAGCGACACGAUCCUCAACGCCUUUGCCAAGGUGCGCAAGCCGGACCCCCGCUUCCUCGCAGUCAAGGCGGAGCUCGAGCAGAACGAAGAGAGCGUGUCGCAGCUGCGGCGCGUCCUCUUACGGAACCGGACGCACGUUUCAGAUUAUACUGACUUUGCGACAUCGCUCGAACAGCUCGCGAUCCUCGAGAGCGGCAUGGCGGGCACGCUCACCGAGGCCGCCAAGGCCCUGCACGCGUACGGCGACUUGCAGACCAAGUACACCACGCAGUGCACCGACGUCGUGCUCGGCCAGCUCCAGUCGCAGCUCGCUUACGCACACGCGCACGCGGCGCCGCUCAAGCUGCGCGAGAGCAAGCAGCUGGACUUUGAGGGGCUCACCGACUACCUCGCGCACGAGGUCACGGAGCGCGACCGCCUCGUUGCGCUCGGCGGGCCCCGUGGCGCAGAGGCGGCGGGCAACGUGCGUGGGACCGGCCUGCGUGGCUACCUGCGCUCGACCGUCGACAAGGUGUGGGGCGUGGACGAGGAGCAGGCCCGGAUCGAGCGUCUGCAGCGUCUCGACGGCCGCAUCGAGGAGCUGAACGAGGCGGUGCAGACUGCGCACGACCAGGCGCUAGCGCUGAAUACCCACGUCGCCCAGGAGCACCAUGUCUAUACGCUGGGCCGCCGGCGCGAGCAGAAGCAGACGCUCGCGGCGUACGUCGACGGCAACAUUGCGCUGUACAGCCAGGGCGUGUCCAUCUUUGACAAGCUCAUUGCGUCGCUUGAAAAAGAGGCUGUAUAG